GGGAGGGGUGUGUCACCGCGACCCUCCUCUCUGGCCUGCACCCCUGUCCUCCCUCAGGUUCCGACAUGAGCCCCUGGCCUGGGUCAAACUGGACGGCUCCGCGGGAGUUCGUGAUCCUGGGUUUCUCCGGGUGGCCCCGGGGGCUGCGGCUGCUGCUCUUUGCCUUCCUGCUGCCACUCUACCUGGCCACGCUGGUGGGAAACCUGCUCAUCCUGGGCCUGGCCGUCGGGGACCCCGCCCUGCACACUCCCAUGUACUUCUUUCUGGGGGCGCUGUCGGCCGUGGAGGCGGCCUACACGCUGGUGCUGACUCCGCGCACGCUCGCGGGCUUCCUGCUGCCCCCGGGGGGCCAGGCGGUGGCCCGCUCCACCUGUGCUGCCCAGAUGGGCCUCUUCGUGGCCCUGGGAGGCUCCGAGUGCCUGCUGCUGGCCGCCAUGGCGCUGGACCGCUACCUGGCCAUCUGCCGCCCUCUCUGCUACCCCCGGCUCAUGACCGCGGGGCGCUGCCGGUGCCUUCUCGCCUCCUGCUGCGCUGGGGGCUCUCUCCUGGCCUUGGGCCUCACCGUGGCCAUCUUCCAGCUGCCCUUCUGCCGGGGGGGCCUCGUCAACCACGUCUUCUGUGACCUCCCGGCCGUGUUGGUGCUGGCCUGUGGGGACCGGGACCUGCAGGAGAGGGUCCUGCUGGCCGCCUGCCUGCUGCUGCUGGUGCUGCCUCUGGUCCUGAUCCUGCUGUCCUACACCAGGGUGCUGGCGGUCAUCCUGGGAGUCGGGGGGGUGGCAGGCCGCCGCAAGGCCUUCAACACGGUGGCGUCGCAUCUCACCGUGGCCGUGCUCCACUACGGCUGUGCCACGGCCAUGUACGCCAGACCCCUGAGCAGCCGCUCCCUCGAGGAGGACAAGCUGGUGUCGCUCGUCUACAUCAACCUCACGCCGUUGCUCUACCCCGCCAUCUACACGCUGCGCAACCGGGACGUGCAGGGUGCCCUGUGGCGGGUGGUCGGCGGCAGGACGUCAGGGAACGUCGUCCGGGCCGAGGUCAGCUAAUGCUGCGUGCCAGACGGCGUCUGGCCUGCGAUCUCCCCCCGUGAGGGGAACCUCCCCAUCCCAGAGCCGUCUGUGGCUCCCCAAGACCUGCUGGAGCCCAGCGUCACAAGGACUCCAAAAGCGGACUUGAGCCGAGUUCUUUGGCUGCUGUGGACAUUUCAAGCUGAAUGGUUCUCGCUGGUGGCCGUGCACCGGAGAAUAUUCAGCAGCCACCCCUUGUCUCUACCCAGUAGAUGCCACUUGCACACCACCCCCCCCCAGUUGAGAUAAUAAACAAUGUCAUUAGACAUUAUCAAAUGUCACCUGGGGGGAGGGCGCAAUCAGCCCUGGUUGAGAACAACUGCUCUAAAUUCUGACCACACGGUACGUUUUGAAGAGAAACGAGUGCUAAAAGGUACAAGUUUAUGGUUCCUUAAUUUAUAAUACACAACUGAAAAUAAUGCAAAUGUUCACGAACAUGGAGUAGACGCGAACGACUUGUGGCCGAGUCAUGGGAUGGGGACGCCUGGGGGGGCUCAGUCGGUCCGACUUUGGCUCAGGUCAUGAUCUCGAGGUUCGUAGGUUCAAGCCCCACAUGGGGCUCUGCCCUGACAGCCCAGAGCCUGGAACCUGCUUUGGAUUCUGUGUCUCCCUCACUCUCUGCCCCUCCCCCGCUCAUGCUCUGUCUCUCUCAAAAAUAAACAU